AUGGCUGCACAGAGGGUCUUCCCCAAACAGCAGAGGGGACUGGCGAGAGGACACUCGCCGCGAGAGGGCCCUCAGCGCAGCACUGCCAGCUCCCUCGGGCCCGUGAGGUCCGGGCGGACCCGGGACCUAGCGCCCUGGUCCCCCGGCUCCUCCCUCCGCCGAACCCCCAACUCCGCCGCGGGCUGGCCCCCACCUGCCGCGGGCUGGGCCUUCACCCGGAAGGGAACUGUGGAGAGCGCCCGGAAGGCCGGAAGUGGCUUCGCUCCAGGGAGGACCAACCGACGCCGCGGGCGGGAGUUCGGGCGGAGCGGGGAAGUCACACCCCCUCUUAGAAGUGACGUAAGCUGUUCGGGGCAAUAUGACGAGAAGACGGGACCUGUGAGCUGCUGGACCCCCAUCGAGCGAGAGGGAUGGCCCCACGCAGUGUCCAUUCCCUCCCACAGCAGUAGCGGCUCUGGGGACGGGGGCGCCAGGUCACGGUGCGGAGCAAAUCCGAGCAGGGCCGAUGGAGUCCUGCCCUCGUUACUCUUUCUAGGGUUGCGUCACCUUUCCUCAGGGCUGGCCAACCCUGCGCCCCUCACCAUCCCAUUGGAAAUCCUUCCCCAGCUCGGCGGCCAGUCAUCGGCCCUCUCCUCUCCCUGGGGCUUCCGAAGUGGAAAGGCCCCGCUACCGCUACCGGAGAGGUGGCCGUGGCACCGGCUCCCAGCACCGAGGCCAGAGCCCCCUGUGCCCCGAUCUCAGGUACAGGUUCCAGACCUGGAGGGCAUCAUGCUAAUGAAGGACCAAAAUACCAGCUACCAGGGUCCCUGGUUCAUCUUCCGGGGAAGCCUCCUCUUCUACCAGGAGCACCAGGCAGACAUGCCCCUGGGCCUCAUCCUGUUGGAGAACUGCCAGGACUGUGGCCUUCUAGCCACCCUCAGUCCCCACUCCAGGUUCCAGGAGUUGCAUGAGCACUUUGGGAAGGAGAUCCGGGCACUGCAGCUGAUACGUAGAGGGCUUCCGGAGGCCAGUGACAAUGGAGACGGCCAGUGACAAUGGAGACAGCCGAUCCCAGGCAAAGAUGGGGCAGGAGCUCAACCAUUGUUUGUUGAUGAAUGGCUGAGAGAUGGACCAAAGGCCAAGGGGUACCUACCUGCCAAGACCAGCCAACUGCUUCAAUAGAUCCUGGCUCACUCAUCACUUGCUCCCUCCCUCUCUAGUCCUUAUUCUAACCCCCUUCAUCAAAUAACAAGGCAGGAGACAUGCCCAGGUAUAA